AUGACCAACUAUGAAGAUAAUUUUCCUUGUGACGAAUAUUAUUAUUAUAACAAUGACUGUUCAAAUGAUAUCAACUACUGUUAUGACGCUGACGUUAAUGAAACAGAAUAUUCUAAUGUAUCCUGUGACGAAUUUGAACCAUCAAAAUAUCUUCAGAACCCACUUCAGGAUCUUCAGAAUUACCGCCUCUGUGAUAGACCAGAACUCAUAGAAUUAAAUUGCGACCCAAAUCUAAAACUUCCCUACAUUUAUUUAGAAGAAAUAGAUGCAAAAAUGAUGAUUGAUACAGGUAGUAUGCGGUCUUUUCUUAGUCCUCGGAAAGCUUAUGAGUAUUUUAGUGACUCUAUUAGAAAAGAGCAAUUUCAAGUAAAUAGCACCCAUGCUUCAAGUAGACAUGAUGAAGUGAUAGAAAUUCCUCUCUUACCUAGUUUCAGAAACGAAAAUUGGCAUAAGUUCUAUUUAUAUGAUGUAGAUGACCGUUAUGAUGGACUUAUCGGUAACGAUCUUUUACAACAAUUAGGCGCGGAGAUUGUAGCUAUUGCCAUCGCCAUUGAUGAAGAGGAAUCAACAGCAAGUAGAAAUGGAAGAAAAAAUGUAAGAAAAUGGGGAGUGUACCCUAUUUGGAGAAAGCGCCGUUAUGAAGGAGAAUUUUUUACCCUAUGUAGAGAUUUACCUGAUAAUGAAGACAAAUUCUUUGGAUGUUUUAGAAUUUCUAAAGAUAACUUUCAAAUCUUACUACAUAAGUUAUCGGCUGCCCUUAAAAGACAGCAGACAAAAUUUCAGUCACCAAUAACACCUGAAGAAAGAUUAGCAGUAUGUAUCAGUAACGGCAGCGGCAUAAAUAAUGUUGAAGGCAUUGGGUCAGGAAUCUGCGAAUCUAAAUGUAUUGGGGCUGGUGACUGCGACGGCGGCGGUGGCGGUGUACUUGAGGUAGAUUGCGAUGGUGCAGAAAUUGUUGACAUUGGCGAUGAAUUUUAUAUAAAUGAAUUAUUAGAUUCAGAUGAGCUCCCAUUC